UUCUUACCAAUCCAACACUUUUAUCAAAGGAUUUUACUUUUUAAAUAAAUUUUUAUCGCUUUUUAUUCGAAUCUUCAAUUAUCUUUGCGAACGAUUUCUAUAGAAAACGAUAGAUAAUGGCGGGAAAUCAAGAUACCGAAAAAGUAUCAUUAGAGAUGGAAGCAGGAUCGAAAGCAAACGAUAACAUUAUUGGAGACGAAAACAAUACUGUCAACGCCACUGACGAAAAACCUCCAGAUCCACCGAAGCGUGAUCAGUCUCUGGAAAAAGGUGACGUGCUAUACGCCACUGUGGAGAAGAAAAAGAAGUGGAAUUCGAUUCGCAAACCGAAUUUUGUUUACAAACAGAGAAGUUCAAAAUCGUGGAUGUCUUGUUUGAAGAUUUCUCUGAUUGUGUUCAAUUUAUUUAUUUGGACUCUCGGUGCUGCCAUUACUGCCCUGGGAAUAUGGGUGAAGACUGAUGGUGAUUUCAGCAAGAUCCAGGAUAACUUGGAUGUUAAAGAAUUCACCACAGCAGGAUGGAUCCUCAUUUUUGUCGGCAUCAUCAUUAUGCUGAUAGGCUUCAUAGGAUGCUAUGGUGCCAUAGCAUCUCAAGUCUGCAUGCUCAUCAUUUUCACAGUUAUUGUAGGCAUUGUUUUGGUGCUGGAGGUAGUUGUUGUGGCUCUAGUAUGGACAACAGUUACAAACAAAAACACACAAGAAGACAUAAAACUGAAAGCUAAGCGAGCCAUGAUAAACAUAGCAAGAGAUGAUAAGCAAAGAGAGUUCAUCAAUUUAGUACAAUCAAAGCUCCAUUGCUGUGGUAUAGAGGGACCAAAUGAUUAUACUGUUGAUCCAGAACACACUAUAUCAGUGCCGGAUUCAUGUACAGACGAGAAAACAGGAGGAUAUUAUCAACAGGGUUGUUAUACGGUUAUUAUUGAUUACCUGAAGGGAAAAGCAGCUGCAGUUGGAGGUGUGGCCGUAGCUGUCUUAAUUCUUCAAGUAGCUGCUGUAGGAUUAACGAUAUGUAUGAUAUGCAGCCUGUGGUAAGAAGAUGCGUUGUCUGCUAGCCAAAGUUUUUACCCCUGUGUGUGGAAUCCUUUUAGAAUUUGAUCAAAUAAUAUUUUGAUAAUUUUGUACAAAUAAUAUUUUACGAACGUUGUAUGCAAUAUUUUUUUAUGUAUAUUUGUGUUAUUUAGAUAAUAAACAUUUUUAUAAUACACA